AUGAGUAUCAAUACCGCCCCGGAGAAUAUCGCGAAAGAAGCGAGAAUUCAGCCGAAAGGUCCUGUAAAAGGUCAGAUAGGCAUGGGCAGCAAGGGGUAUGGAUACCGGGACUGUAUUACGAGCCGGAGAAUCUCGCACAGAGAGACCCCUACAUCCGCGCAGCGGGAAAAGCGCGGCCGACCCGAGCAGAAACCUGAGCAGAAACGGGAUAAGUCAGAAGCACAUCCGCGAAGUUCGACGAAAAACCGUGACGAACAUAGACAUCAAGCAUCCGCAAGCAAGAAAUCCUCCCAUAAAACUGAGAGAAAGGGGGACAAGCCGGCAAAAAGCAACGAGCGUAGACCCCGCGCACCCGCCAAAGAAACCUCCAGUACUAACAUCCCUCGCCGCUCCAAAAAGACAGCCGAGCCGGUAUCGAAGCGUGACCGCCAUCGCCGCGAAACAGACAACAGGGACAGGGAUAAAUCUUCCAGAAGUAAGAGAUCCUCUAGAAUACCUACCCCCGUGCGUCGCCCCCCAACACCACCCCCCAAAGACCCAGAGCGCAAAUGGCCGCCGCCUAUCCGACACUACAUAGAUCCGAUACCGAUACCGAAGCCGCAGCCGCAGUCGCAGUCGCAGCUGAUAUCGCCCAUAUCACCGAUGGAGAAACAUCUGCCACUGCGGCGCAAAUCCGGACAAGUCCACUACACCCCGCCGUCGCCGCCUCCGCUCAAGCCGCCCCCCGCGCCGCUGCCCGAGUACCAAGUAUACCUAAACGCGCAGCGCUUCGCCAACGACUACUACCCGCCAGCCUCGCCCGCCAUCGAGAAGAGCAUCGAGCCGCCUAUGUUCCGACCUCCCUUGCGGCCUCCCCCGCAGCGCAGCAAAGGGCACCACCACCAUAUGAUCACCGGGACCGGGCGCACGAACGGUUUCCACAUGCCCCCGACGCUGCGCAGGGUUGGGCCGCUGCGCUUCUCCGACACUUCGUCCGACGAGAGCUUCGUGUGUCGGGACGCGCGGAUGCUGACGAUGAACGCGCGGCACGCUUACUAG